AUGACUGUGGGAUCAGUCGAAACCAUCAAGAUGUUCAGAAAUAACACGACGACUCAGGAGGCCCCGAAAAUGAAAGCGAUCAUCGGCCGACCCAGCAAGGCUUCCAGGAACGACAAAAGGCUCGCCUCCGUUUUUUUCCUGAUGUUAUGUUUCUGGCUGCUGGCCGCUGAUAGCUGCGCAUCCGUAAUCAAGAACAAGAGGGCUAUCGCUUCAGCUACCGAAAGUACCACAGGACCGUUGAAAGAGUGCCACCAAAACAACCCGUGCGGAUGGGCCAUAUACGUGCCGUUCACUCGCCGUAUCGAUUAUUUCAUGAAAAACACAUGCAUUUGCAACCCGAACUUGGCGUGCUUGAAGACGGACGACGACCUGUCAGUGAACGCGUACGUGUACCGCUGCAAGCCCAGACCGUUGACUACUACGGAGAUCAUACCGACGACCAUCUGA